CCUUCCUUUUUUCGCUGAGAGGAAGAGAGAGAAGGGGAUAUCAAAAUGGGGAGAAGUCCAUGUUGCUCCAAGCAGGGAUUGAACAGAGGAGCAUGGACUGCCCUAGAAGAUAAAAUACUAACUUCUUACAUCAAAGCCCAUGGUGAAGGCAAAUGGAGAAGCCUCCCAAAGAGAGCUGGUUUGAAGAGAUGUGGGAAGAGCUGUAGACUUAGAUGGCUAAACUAUCUGAGACCAGAUAUAAAGAGAGGCAACAUAUCCGGUGAUGAAGAAGAACUCAUUGUCAGACUCCAUAACCUUCUUGGCAACAGAUGGUCUCUAAUAGCUGGAAGGCUACCGGGGCGAACAGACAAUGAAAUCAAGAACUACUGGAACACCACUUUGGGGAAGAAAGCUAAAGGAGAGCCAACUUCCACCGGAUCAUCAAAAGAAACUUCUCCACCCCCAACCAAAUCCAGAGCCAAAAGGCGAGAAAUCGAGUCGAAAACAACGAAACCAUCAGCAGCAGCAGCCGCAGCCACUCUGCCUCCAGUAAUAAGAACCAAGGCCACAAGGUUGACCAAAGUUUUAGUCCCAACAAUCCCUCAGAUUCCUAGCGAUGAUUAUAAUCAGACGGCCAAUGCUUCAUCUUCCACAAACCCAUCAGAGCUCCAAGGUCAUCAAACCCAGUUGACAGAUCAACAAGUUAAUGCAGGGGAUUGCACUAACAACUUGAACAACAACUAUGGCUGCAACGACGAAGAUGAUGAUAUUGAAGCUAAGAGUGGGUUCUGCAAUGCGUUUCAGUCUCUGCCACUAGACGAGGCUAUGAUCAAUGCCACGUGGACGGGUGGAAACGAUUGUGAUCUUGAAGACUACGGUGCCACAUUGGAUUUAGAUUCUUUGGCUUUUUUGCUUGAUUCCGAGGAAUGGCCAUCGCAAGAUAAUAUUUCCUAAACUAAUUUGAAAUAAUUAAUAAGUAAAUAAGUAAUAAAAGAGUGUGCAUGUCAUGUGUGACUUCUGCAAAACCAUUAAAGUUGAAGGAGAUCAACACACUAAUUAAUUACGAGUUCCUAAUUAAGCUUAGCAGAUUGCUUAAUUAACUAAUGGACAGCUAGCUUGUGUAAUUCAUAUUUCAUAUUGAUCUUAGUUGUUAUGCGCUUUAUGGUUAAUUAACCCUGCUUGUAAUAUAAUUAUCAUGGGUCAAUGAAGACUUGCAUUUCUUAAAUA